AUGAUCCCUCUAAACCUGCUCAAUCUGUUCUUUAUCACCUCAACACUAGAUGAUGAGUGUGAGGAAGACAGUGGAAUGAAAACAUAUGACGUCUCCCUUUACAAGCGUGGUGACCUUUUGGAGGUGCCCAGGACUCUUUUUAAACAUUUUGGAAUCUAUUUAGGCGAGGACCGUGUAGCUCAUCUUAUCCCAGACAUUCUUCCAGUGUUCACUAGAGAAAAGUCUAUUGUUGGGCAGACGGUGACCAAUGAUAGGCUGAUUUUGGGGGUUUUGGCCAAGGUAGCCAGUGUCCGUGUGGAUUCUGUGGUGGAUUUUGCAUACGGUGCUCAGAUUCAAGUCAACAGCAUGGACAGUAUGGUCAGCGUACAGCCGCUGACUGGAGAGGAAGUGGCACAGCGGGCAGAGAAGCUGAUUGGAUCUGUCUCCUACAGCUUACUGUGGCACAAUUGUGAACAUUUCGUCAUGUAUUGUCGCUAUGGUGUUGCAGUCAGCUUCCAAACCUAUCAGUUUUGUAAAGAUGUAAGGAUGACCCUCUUCAGCAAAAAGAUGGCCUUCCUGUCAGCAAUGAUCGGGGGCUUUGUCAUUUUGUAUCUAGGCACUAUGACACCUCUCACCACCAUCCCCACUGUCCUCAUCCCCUUUACCAUCUGGAUGGCAUCUUGA